ACUGUGCCCCUCGGCCAAUCCCCCAAAAUGCAUUUCCCCCUCAACCUCCUCACCCUAGGAACCCUAGGAACCCUCUCCCUCUCCCUCUCCCUCUUUCUCGGCAGCACCGCCGCCACAACCUUGCACACAAAAUUCCAAUACCGCACGAACGGCACCUGGCUCGAAAACCUGGCCCUGGGGCCAGCCCCCGUCCCCGGAGACCCCAACACCACCCAGACACUCCUCGUAACCCGAAUGGACGUCCCGGAGCUCUGGACAAUCGACAUCUCCACCGGCCAGGGGGAAGUGGUCGCAACCUUCCCCAACGCAACGGCCUGCAUGGGAGUCACCCCGCUCGCGCGCGAGGGGGUCUACGCCGUCGUCGCGGGUAGACUCCAGAUCACGGAUAUCGGACACCCUGUUCCGGGGUCGUGGGGGGUAUACUCUGUCGACCUUUCGGGUGGGUCAGGUGCAGUGUCUGUGCGGAAGAUAGCGGAUGUGCCGGGGGCGGGGUGGUUGAAUGGGAUGACUCUGUUCCCGGCCGGGAGGUCUGGAGGCAAGGGCGAGGGUGGGACGGGGGUCGUGCUGAUGGCCGACUCGGUGAACGGGGUGAUCUGGCAGCUGGACACGCAGACCGGAACGUACGGCGUGGCGCUGAACGAUACGGCGAGUAUGGCGGCGUCGCCGGCGGAUCCGUUGGGGCUGGGCGUGAACGGGGUGCGCGUGUGGCGCGGCUUCGUCUACUACUCGACUGACGCCGUGCAGGCGGUGUUUCGGGUCCCGGUGGGGUGGGAUGAUUCCUUGCAGACCGUGCGAGCGGCGGGCGCGGUGCAGACGGUGGCGGAGAAGGUCGUGGUGGAUGAUUUUGCGGUCGCGGAGGAUGGCGGGUUGUAUUUGAUGGCGGUGGCGGAUAAUCAGGUGGUUAGGGUGACGGCGGAUGGGGGACGGUCGGUGCUGGCCGGGGCGAGGGAUAGUGCCCUGGUGGCGGGGUGUACGUCCGGGGUGGUUUCAGGGGAUGGGCGGCGGUUGUUUGUCACGACGAAUGGGGGGCAUAUCACCCCGCCGAGGGGGGGGGAGGAGCCGGCGAAGCUGGUGGAGAUUGAUUUGUAG